CAGGUGACCUCAAGGCUCAGUGUCGGAUCAUCAGUGACAGUCGGAGUCGGUUGACUUGUCAAGUUCUCAUCGGUGCUUACAUGUGAAAAUCUAGCGAUGAUUUAAAGAAUAAAUCAUCCAGCUACCAUGUCGCUUGACGGGGAAAAAGUUUUCCUGGGUUUUGACUUCAGCACUCAACAGCUGAAAAGCGUCGUGAUCAACAGCAAAAGAGAAGUCCUUCAUGAAGCCCAUGUACUGUUCGACAAUGAUUUACCAGAAUUCAGGACACACAAUGGAGUGGUCAAAGGCGAUAAGAAGGCCGUGACAACACCUGUAUUAAUGUGGGUAAAAGCACUCGACAUGAUACUUGAGAAGCUCAGGGUUUGCGGUGCUGACUUUUCCAAAGUCUGCGCCGUCUCUGGAUCAGCACAGCAACACGGCACAGUGUACUGGUCCUGCGGCGCCGGUGAAGUCCUGAAAAACCUCGAUGAUAGCCAUUUCCUCCACACCCAAUUGGCAUCCAGCUUCUCAGUCACAAGCAGCCCGAUCUGGAUGGAUGGAAGUACAAAAAAACAAUGUGUAACUCUGGAAAAAGCCAUUGGCGGACCGAUUGAGUUAGCAAAGCUCACAGGGUCCAAAGCUUAUGAGCGAUACUCAGCAGCUCAGAUUGCAAAAAUAGCGGAGACCAAGUCAACAGCAUAUAAAAAUACUGAGAGAAUAACGCUUGUUAGUAACUUUGCUUGUUCACUUUUACUCGGAAGGUAUGCACCCAUUGAUUAUUCAGAUGGUUCAGGAAUGAAUCUGUUAGAUUUAAGUACAAAACAAUGGUCACCUGCUUGCAUGCAGGCUACUGCUGUGGAUUUGGAAGAAAAACUUGGCGAGCCAGUACCGACGAAUACUCCCCUCGGUAAAAUAUCCAAGUAUUUUGUCGAAAGAUUUGGUUUUAAUGAGGAUUGCAAGGUUAUCGCAUUUACCGGGGAUAAUCCUUCUUCUUUAGCAGGUAUGUGCUUAAAUGAUGGUGAUUUGGCCGUCAGCCUUGGGACAAGCGAUACGAUUUUUAUGUGGCUCAAAGAGCCUGUUCCACUCGCAGAAGGUCACAUACUCAUCAAUCCAGUAAAACCUGACGAGUACAUGGGUCUCCUUUGCUAUAAGAAUGGUUCAACAACAAGGGAUAGAUUGAGAAAAAUAUACGCAAACAGUUGCUGGGAGGAAUUUAACUCGCUCCUUGAUAGCACGCCACGUGGAAACUUUGGCUAUAUGGGGCUUUAUUUUGAUUUCGAGGAAAUAAUGUUACCUUUGCAAGGGGAUUUCAGGUUUGAUAAAGCAGGCAAUGAUAUUGAUAAAUUCCCUUCGCCAGAAAUUGAAAUUAGAGCGCUUGUUGAGGGUCAGUUUUUGGCAAAACGAGCUCAGCUUGAAGAUUUAAAUAUACAUAUCGGUGAAAAUACAAGAAUUAUAGCAACCGGGGGUGGUUCUAAAAACCGUUCAAUUCUACAGGUCAUGUCUGAUGUAUUUUCAUCUCCAGUUUAUACACUGGAUUAUACAAAUAUAGCAGCCCUUGGAGCUGCAUACAGGGCUUUAGAUUUUUCAAAAUCUGUAGAAGAGAGGGAAGAAAAGACUGAACAAACAACUUCCCAACUCACUCUCUGUUGCAAACCGUUUACUGAUUCAAAAGAGCUGUAUGAUCCAAUGGUUGUGAGAUACAGAACAAACAUAAGCAAACUUCUUUCAAAACAAACUGAAUGAAGUCUAUCUCAACAAUUCGAACUACUAAGUGCAGUCAGGUGUAUACUUUUUUUGUUAUUUAUUAUAAACAUUGUCUAUCUUCUGUUAUAUAAUCAAUAUUUUAUUUAAAUUUGCAAUAUUUUGAGAUAAAAGUGUUACCAAUACCAAGUGGAUAUAAUUUUAAUAAUUUUUAUUGUAAUUUCCUGUGAGAGUCGUAAAAUAAGUUCAUCUAAGUACAAUUUGUUUCUUUAGUGAUUCUUCUAUAUACAGAAGUACGUAAACAUCAUAUAUGUAGUUUUAAAAAAAUCAUUUAAGUUUAAUAGGCAGUUGUGUUCAUUUAAAAAAAUUCUCCUCUUAUUGCAUUUAUCAAGUAGAAAUUAACUGUUACUGGGAAUUUAACUACAAUCAAGCCAAUACAUUUUUACGUUCCGCAAGUUGUGUCUUAUUCCCUCAAAUCUUCAUUUUAUAACCAAAGGAAAUCUUAAGUUAUAAAAAAAUGUGCUCUCUUACUCAUUCCUAAUAUCUGUGAGUUUUUUUUGUUUUUUUAACAAACUGAUGUAUUUAGUUUUUACAGGACAAUCAACCCCAGUUUACCAUGUUGUCAAAGCCUCAAAUCCUUAUGGACUCUCAAUCUCUGUCUAAACAUUGUAAAAUUGUAUAACCGGGGUUUUUACAAUCAUGCUUACAUAAUUGACUGAUCAAAUCUAAAAAUAACCACGUUUAUAAUGUUGACUUAUUAGGAAUUAAUAUUAUUUAACAAAUACUUCUGAGUUGUAAUUAAUUUUUAACAUCAUUCCAUUAUAUAAUUAUAUUUUGCAAAAUAAUUUUCUAGUCCAAGAGACAUAUAAUUAAGUUAAGUUAAAUGUCUUCCCUUGUUUUAUUCUAAUAAAUUAUUUAAUUUGUUUUAUCAACAAAGAAAAUCAAAUUAUACUUUUUGUUUAUUUAAAC